UGUUCUGUUCUCUUGCGAUUGAUCUGAUAUAAAGUGAUGGUAUUUAAAAGUGUAAUUAGAUUGUUAGUUAAUAUUGAUCAGUUUUGGUGUUGAGCUCGGUCGAACGGUUGAUGGUCAUCGAUUAAAGUGAACGUUCAGUGUUGCUUAAGAUUUAGUUCUGUGUAAACGCAAGCAUGUAUCUGCUGCUUUUCUCAAUCGCCCUGCUAACCUAUGUAGUGUGGACAAUUCUUGACCGCCGAGGAAAACCCCCAGGCCCACUGGGCUUACCGAUAGUUGGAUAUCUACCUUUUAUUGACCCGAAAAAACCAUACGCAACCCUUACAAAAUUAGCUAAACAGUAUGGACCCAUCUACAGCCUUCGGAUGGGUCAAAUAGAUGCCGUCGUGAUAACUGAUCCAGAUCUACUUCGGGAUAUUCUCAAGCGCGACGAGUUCACCGGUCGAGCUCCACUUUAUAUUACCCACGGAAUCAUGGGAGGGCACGGAAUCAUCUGCGCAGAAGGUAAUCUGUGGCGCGAUCAACGGCGUCUUUCGAGCGAAUGGCUACGCAAGAUGGGCAUGACUAAAUUCGGUUCGCCGCGUGCAACGCUCGAGGCUCGUAUUGUAGCCGGUGUGAAUGAACUCUUACAGGAUUUGAGAAACGAAUCAAGGAAAGUGUUUGUCUUUGAUCCUGCACCGUUUAUACACCAUAUUCUAGGAAAUUUAAUGAAUGACCUCGUGUUCGGACUGACGUACGAGCGAAACGAUAAAACCUGGCUGUAUCUGCAGAACCUUCAGGAAGAAGGCGUCAAGCAUAUUGGAAUUUCCAUGGCGGUUAAUUUCUUACCAUUUUUAAGACAUCUGCCCUCUAGUAGAAGAAUAAUUGAAUUUUUAUUAAACGGCAAAGCAAAAACCCAUAAAAUUUACGACUCGAUCAUUGAAGAGCGACGUAGGAUACUGCUAGGAAGCAUUGGUAUUGAGGUCAAUGAACUCGCAAAUGAUUGUAUUUUGUCGAACUUUGUGCAGGAAACUCGACGUAGGAAAGCAACGAACCGUCCAGAACUAGCGUUUUGUAGCGAUGUUCAGUUAAGGCAUCUUUUGGCAGACCUUUUCGGGGCAGGUGUUGACACGACGUUCACUACUCUACGGUGGUUGAUACUAUUCCUCUCUCUGAAUAAAGAUUGUCAACGGAAAUUGCGGCUAGAGCUUUCUAGUCAUCUUCAGUGUGAACCCACGUUGAACGAUAUUGAAGCUUUGCCAUAUUUACGAGCCUGUAUAGCGGAAGUUCAACGAUUAAGGACUGUAGUUCCGCUUGGAAUUCCACAUGGAACUGUUUUGGACACAACAAUCGCUGGUUACAAGCUGCCCAAGCAAACGAUGGUGAUACCGAUGCUGUGGGCGAUCCACAUGAACCCUCAGUUAUGGUCCGAUCCCACCCACUUCAAACCAGAACAUUUUCUGGAUGAUUCUGGACAGUUUCAAGCGCCGAAUUACUUCAUACCCUUUCAAACCGGAAAACGCAUGUGUUUAGGCGAUGAACUUGCCCGGAUGAUUCUGUUUCUUUAUACGGCGCGUCUUUUCUGGCACUUCGAAUUAGACAUAGUAGAGAAACCUUCGGAUUUGACGGGAGUUUGCGGAAUUACUCUUACCCCUCCUUCAUAUGAGAUACACUUUAAGGAAGAUCUGCUCAAAUAAAACAAACAACAAACUAGUUUUCCUAUAAU